AUGUCUGAAGAACUCAAUGCGAGCGUCCGCUUUUGCGGCCAUGAAGGCUGCACCAGCACUGAGAUUGUUUCCGUUGGCUUUUCUGAAGCAGCCAUCGAAAUGCUCGACGUUGACAACUCAGAGGCGACCAACCGCGAGAUUAUGGCCUCCGCUGCGUUAGAGCGUAUCGCGAAACUCACGAAAAUCAAAAAGUCCCACAUCCCAAUGUGACGUCUAGUAGGACGGCGGCGGUCGAAGCACGCAUUGUGGUCGAGUCGUGUUUUUCUUCAAACAAGUGUUGUUCAAUAAACAAAUUUUCUUGUUGC